AUGCACCCGCCCGGCGCCCCGCGCGCCAUGGCCGAGGGCGCCUUCUCGCUGUCGGCCGCGGCGGCGCGGAGCCCCGGGGGCAACCCGUCGAGGCUGCACAGCAUCGAGGCCAUCCUGGGCUUCCCCAAGGAGGACGGGCUGCUCGGGCCCUUCCCGCCCGACGGCGGCGGCGCCGGGGGCGCGGACAAGCGGGGCCCGCGGCUCUGCCUGCCCAAGAUGCCCGGGGAGCCGCCGGCCGCGCCGCCGGGCCGCGCCGAGCGCUUCCAAGAGCCCUGCUGCCCCGGCGGCGCCAGCCCCGAGCUGCCCGCCGGCAGCGGCGGCGACGGGAAGCCGUCGGACGAGGAGCAGCCCAAGAAGAAGCACCGGCGCAACCGCACCACCUUCACCACGUACCAGCUGCACGAGCUGGAGCGCGCCUUCGAGAAGUCCCACUACCCCGACGUGUACAGCCGCGAGGAGCUCGCCAUGAAGGUCAACCUGCCCGAAGUGCGCGUGCAGGUGUGGUUCCAGAACAGACGGGCCAAGUGGCGGCGGCAGGAGAAGCUGGAGGUGACCGCCGUGAAGCUGCAGGACUCGCCCGUCCUCUCCUUCAGCCGCCCGCAGCAGCCGGCGCCCGUGGGGGCCCUGGGCAGCAACCUGCCGCUGGAGACGUGGCUGGGCCCGCCGGCGCCCGGCGGUGCGACGCUGCCGGCGCUGCCCGGCUUCGCGGGCUCCCCGCAGAGCCUGCCCGGCAGCUACACGCCGCCGCCCUUCCUGAACUCUCCGGCGGUGGCCCACGGCCUGCAGCCCCUGGGGGCCAUGGGGCCGCCGCCGCCCUACCAGUGCGGAGCCGCCUUUGUGGACAAGUUCCCGCUGGACGAGGCGGACCCGCGCAACACCAGCAUCGCCGCCCUGCGCCUCAAGGCCAAGGAGCACAUCCAGUCCAUCGGCAAACCCUGGCAGACGAUCUGACCGCCGCCCCGGGAGGGACCGCCGGGAAGGGCCGUCGCCGGGGGAGCGGGGGCCGCGGCCGGCGGACGAGGGAGGCUGCUCGGCGGCGGCUCUCCCCGUGCUCUGCAUCCCGUGCGCUUCUAAACCCCCGCCCGCCCGCCGGGCCCGACUCUAGCUUAGGAGCGAUCCCUUCCGCUGCCCCCGCGGGACCGGACGCGUCGGCUGCGGGAAAAGCUGCGGCGGGGCGAGGAGCUGCGCGGGGCGGCUGCCGACGGAGGCCUGCGUCGCCUGGCGUGGUUUUUCCUGGUGUCGUACCAUUAAAUGGCACAGC